AUGAAUAACUUCACCCCCAUGACAAUCUGGAGUCUGUUGGGUAUCCCUCCACCCAACCCCUACCCCAAAGGAACCCGAGUCUGGUAUAAUAUGAGUAGCGGUGGCCUCAUGUUUGCAACGGUAGACUCCACCGGCAGGUUGCCAGACGGGACGAUACUCUUGACCAUCAUCGAUGACGACGGCGAGAGGGUUACCUUACCGGCAUGUGGCGUAACACGGGUCUCUUAA